ACGUACCGUAGUGGUAGUGUGGUACCGCAAAAUCUCUAACGUGAAUGUUCGGUAGCAAUGUUGUUUAGGAAGUAUUGGCAAAGAUGGGUUUGUCAGAAACCAUACAAGCUCUUAGAAAAGGAGAAGGAUUUGGUGACAUUGCAUUUGUCAACGAGAUUUUGAGCUACAAUGAGUUUUUCCAGUCAUUUUUGUUGCCGAACAGACCUUGUUUGCUUGACAAACACGCCACAGAAAAUUGGCGAAGUGUCCGAGAAUGGGUGCGAGAAGACGGUACACCAAACUUUGAAUAUAUUGAGGCAACAUUUGGCAAUGACACUGUUCCUGUUGCUAAUUGUGGUAAAGAGAAAUACUAUGCCCAACCUAAGGAAGACUAUAAGAUGUCAGACUACAUCAACUACUGGAGGAAGCAUAUUGAGAUGGACUAUAGGUCUUCAGAAGGAUGCCUCUAUCUCAAAGACUGGCAUUUUACUAAAGCAUUUCCAGAUUAUGGUGCCUAUUUCACACCCAUUUACUUCAAAUCUGACUGGCUGAACGAAUUCUGGGAUUACAGAGACGACCAACAAGGGGAUGACUAUCGUUUUGUCUACAUGGGACCUAAAGGUUCAUGGACGCCAUUCCACGCAGACGUGUUCCGCUCUUACAGCUGGUCAGCCAACAUCUGUGGCAAGAAAAGAUGGCUCUUCUAUCCUCCUGGUGCUGAAGACAAUCUCAGGGAUACCUUGGGCAACCUUGCUUAUGACCUCACCUCCCCAGAAAUGGACGAUCCCAAGAAAUACCCCCACCGUCACAAGGUGGGGGAGCCCUUAGAGGUCAUCCAGGAGGCGGGGCAGGUCAUCUUUGUUCCUAGUGGCUGGCAUCACCAAGUUUUUAAUCUUGAGGAUACUAUUUCUAUCAAUCACAAUUGGCUGAAUGGUUGCAACCUUGACAUCACAUGGAGGUUCUUGCAGUCUGAACUCCAGGCUGUCAAGAAAUCAAUCGAAGACUGCAAAGACAUGGAGGGAUGGGCAGAACAAUGUCAGCUCAUCAUGAAAGCCAGUACUGGAAUGGACUAUGCAGAGUUCUUCAACUAUCUUCAUAUCAUAUCAUCAAGGAGGUUACAAUCAUGCAGUCAAAGUAAAAUCAAGUCUACCAACACUACAUCAAACACAGAUGGAUGUGAUAAUCCAAUUGGAGAUUCCCUAAGGACACAGUAUCACAAUGUUGGUUCAUGUGCUCAUGAAUCAAGUGAAAACACUCCAGUGCUAACAAAUAUUGGUGAUGACGCUUCGAGCGUGAACCAUUUUGUAUUUGAUCUGUCAAGGAUACAGGAGGUAUUAGAGGACAUGGUGGAAAAUGAGGACUUUAAAGAGAUAGACUUCACCAAGCUUCCACAAAAACCAGAUGAUCUGUUGCAAGCGAUAAGAACUGAAUUGCACACUGCGUGAAAAACUCAUAUUUGUUUUUGAUGAGGAAAUUGAUAUGCUCUUUGUUUAAUAUAAGUGAAACUGCAAUAUUCAGAGUUUUGAUAAAUAUAAUUACAGUAUAUGAAUCAUAAUUUAUUCCAGUCCUUCAUUCUGUGUAUUGUCUUACAGGUUGUGUUGUCACAAUGAAAGAAAAUUGAGGGGACAGGCAAGGUGUAUGGCAAAAAUUAUCAUUGAAUUAUAGAGGAUGCAUAGAUUUGAAAAAUAUGGUAGACAAUUAGGACUUCAUUAUCUACAUGUAUUUUCCAAGAACAGAAGAGGGGCGUUUUUCAAAAAAUCAUUUAUUUAAUGGCAUUCAAGAUUUACCUAUGAUACCACAUUAAUUCCAUGGAAAUAUGGUUCGCUUUUAAAAUGAUUUGGAAAAUGUCUGGAAACACAAAUUUUCUGCAUCGGAUACCAUUGGGAAAAACCCUCUUCAUGAAAUCUAAAAAUGUUGAGUGAAGACAUGGUUAAAAUGUUUAGUCUUGUACCUAUCAAGAGCUAUCGCAAAAAUGAGCAGAAGAGAAAUCAAUUUAUUAAAAGUACAAUUCUUGAAACGUCCCAAUAGAUGUUUGAUAUAACAGGGUCACAUUCAGGUCUCCUUUUCUUUUGGUUCCUUACUUAAAUAAACCCUUAAAUUAAUAUUUAAAAUGAAAAGCUUGAAUUAAUUCAAAAUUAUUGCUGUUCAAUUGUAUUUUGUCAAGGACCUCAUUUGAGUUUCUACUGCAGGUUUGGAUCAAUGGGGGGGGGGGGGGGUGGGGAUAAUGUGCCCCAUUUUUAUUACUUUUUGCUUCUAAGAGAAUUUCUUGAAAGGAAAGUACUGAAAGUGGUGAUCUUUGACUUUGUUUUGCUUAAUAAGUAAAAUAUGAUUGAAUUUAAAGGGGUACUCCAGGCUGAAAAUAAUUCACUGAGCAAAUCACUGAAAAUUUCAUUAAAAUCUGAUGACUAAUAAAGAAGUUAUUGAAUUUUUAGCUCAUCCGGCCCGAAGGGCAAAAGGAGCUUAUGCCGUGGCGUCCGUCCACAAUUUCAAAAUGCUUCUUUUUUGCCAUUUCAAGUCGAUUUCAAUUCUGUUUGCUUUAUAUGAUAGCACUAGGUGGGGGAUUCAAAACUUCUACACAGAAUUUUGAAACUCAUUAAAUAUGCUAAUUUAUGCGCAUUUUUCAAAAUUCACAAAAAUGCUUCUUAGUCAUUUGUUGACCGAUUUUGAACUUUUUGCUUCCAUCUGGUAGAGCUUCAUCAAACUUCUACACAGAAUUUUGAGUAGAACAAUUUUUAUGCUAAUUUGUGCGAAAUUAAUGCAUAUUUUUAAAAAUUCACAUAAAAUGCUUCUUCUUCUGAAUUUGUUGACCGAUCUUGAUUUUUUUUCUUCCAACUGGUAGAGCUUCAUGAGGUUCACCAAACUUCUACACAGAAUUUUGAAAUUUUGAGUAGAAAAUUAUUUAUGCUAAUUUAUGCGAAAUUCAUAAAUCACAGAAAAUGCCUCUUUAUUUGUUGACUGAAUUUCAAAAUGCUUCUUCGUCAUUUCAAGUCUGAUUUCAAUUCUGUUUGCUUUUUAUGAUAGCAUUGGUGGGGGAUUCAAAACUUCUACACAGAAUUUUGAAACUCAUUAAAUAUGCUAAUUUAUGCGCAAUUUUCAAAAUUCACAAAAAAAUGCUUCUUAAUUUGUUGACCGAUUUUGAAUUUUUUGCUUCCAUCUGGUAGAGCUUCACCAAAAUUCUACACAGAAUUUCGAAAUUUUGAGUAGAACAAUUUGUAUGCUAAUUUAUGCAAAAUUAAUUUAUGCAUAUUUUUAAAAAUUCACAUAAGAUGCUUCUUCUGAAUUUGUUGACCAAUUUUUUUUCUUCCAUCUGGUAGAGCUGCAUGGGGAACACCAAACUUGUACACAAAAUUUUGUCUAGAAAAUUAUUAAUGCUAAUUUAUGCAAAAUUUAUUCAUAAAUCACAAGAAAUGAAUUUUCUCCUUCAUUUGUUGAUCAGUUUCAAUUUUGUUUGCUUUAUAUGAUAGCUCUAGGUGGUGAUACAAAAUUUCAACACAGAAUUUUGAAACUCAUUAAUAUGCUAAUUUAUUCAUAUAUUUUCAAAACUCACAAAAAAUACUUAUUUGUUGAUUGAUUUUGGUUAUUUUUGUACCAUCUGAGAGCUACACAAGAGUUCAGAAAUUUUGACUAGAAAAUUAUUUAUGCUGAUUUGUAUGAAAUAUAUUCAUAGAUCACAAAAAAUGCUUCUAUGUCAUUUCUUCAUCAAUUUCAAUUCUAUAUCCUCAAUUUAUGUCACCAAUAUCAUUCACUACAGUGUCAACUGGGCUGAAAUUAAAAUUGUGUUAAAUUUUGUUGCGAGAUGCCGGAUGAGCUCCACAUCAUUGAUGUGCUAGUUAAUGUUUAGCAACAUUUUGUGAAAACAGUUACUGUACAUGCAUGUCAUCAUAAACAUCAAUAAGUGGGCAGAUGAUGUUUUGUGUAUAUCCCCACUUUCCUUUUUCUUAUGUCAUUACAUGAAAUCAUAAUUGUUUAAUAUUUUUAAAUGUGUAUAUAUAUGACUUCUUUGUAACAAAUAAAUUGCAGCAACGAUUGUCUUACACAUUAAA